AUGACAUCUGACUACACAUCCUACGUCGAGCUCCAGGAGCAGAUCUACACCGCGAAGCACUUGUUUGGUGAGGAGCUGAAAAAAAAUCUAAAUCUGAUCCCUGUUGAAUGCCCCCUUAUAAUUCGUGUGGGAACGGGCAUCCAGGACGACCUUUCCGGCGUCGAGAAGAGCGUUAAGGUUGAUAUAGCCAAUAUUCCCGAAUCAACAUUUGAGGUGGUUCACUCCUUGGCGAAGUGGAAACGUCAGAAACUUAGCGAUUACAAAUUCCCUGUUGGGAAAGGCAUUGUCAGCAACAUGAAGGCCCUGCGUGUUGGGGAAGUCCUUGAUAACGUGCAUUCCUUUGUGGUGGACCAAUGGGAUUGGGAAAGGGUUAUCAAACACGAGGACCGUAACCUUUCCUUCCUGAAGAAUAUCGUUGAGAGCAUCUACGAGGCCCUUCGUUCGACGGAGUCCAAGCUCAGCGAGAUCUAUUCGCACCUCACACCGGUGCUUCCCCCGAAGAUCACCUUCCUCCACACGGAACAGCUCCUCGGCAAGUACCCCAAACUCAGCCCGAAGGAACGGGAGCGCGAGGCGACGAAGGAGUUUGGCGCGGUCUUCCUCGUCGGGAUCGGCGCGAAGCUUUCCCACGGUGAAUCCCACGACGCCCGAGCCCCGGACUACGACGACUGGAGCUCACCGAUUUCCUCCGACGAGGCGGUCGCGCACUUCCCGGAUCUUCACAUGAGCGCGAACGCCUGUGUGUCGUUCCCCGGCCUCAACGGCGACAUUCUCGUUCACAACCCCGUCCUGGACGACGCCUUCGAGCUCAGCAGUAUGGGGAUCCGCGUCGACCCCGAGACCCUCUGCGCACAGCUCGAGGAGACCGGCGACACCGCGCGGAUGGAGCUGCCUUGGCAUAAAGACCUCAUCGCGCGGAAUCUUCCGCAGACCAUCGGCGGGGGGAUCGGGCAGAGCCGCGUCGCGAUGUUCCUCCUCCGCAAGAAGCACAUCGGAGAGGUUCACUGCAGCUUCUGGCCGAAGGAGGCCUACAGCCAGUAUGCACUCCUCUAG